AUAUUUGAUACCAUUUAGAAAACCAUAAACAUGUCUUUUGCACACAAAGAAAACCCAAAAACCUUGGUUUUGUUCGACGUCGACGGGACUUUGACUCCCGCCAGAUUGGAAGUUUCAGAUGAAAUGAAACAAACCUUGAAGAAGUUGCGUGAAAAGGUUGUGAUUGGUUUUGUUGGUGGCUCGGACUUGAGUAAACAAGUCGAACAGUUAGGAGCUACUGUUUUGGAGGACUUUGACUACUGUUUUUCCGAAAACGGUUUGACUGCCUACAAGUUGGGUAAGGAAUUAGCAUCCCAAUCUUUCAUUGGUUGGAUCGGUGAAGAAAAGUACAACAAGUUGAUUAAGUUCAUAUUGAAGUACUUGUCUGAGAUCGAUAUUCCAGUUAGAAGAGGUACUUUUGUUGAAUUCAGAAACGGUAUGAUCAACGUUUCUCCAGUGGGUAGAAAUGCCUCCACUAAGGAAAGAAAUGAAUUUGAAAUCUUUGACAAGAAGGCCAACAUCAGAACCAAGAUGGUUGAAGCCUUGAGAGAAAACUUCGCUGACUUCGGUUUGACUUACUCCAUUGGUGGUCAAAUCUCGUUUGACGUUUUCCCAACUGGUUGGGACAAGACCUAUUGUUUGCAACACGUUGCCAAUGAAGGGUUUGAAGAAAUCCACUUUUUUGGUGACAAGUCUUACAAGGGUGGUAACGAUUACGAAAUCUACACCGACGAAAGAACCAUUGGUCAUGCCGUCGAUUCCCCAGCAGACACUAUUAGAAUCUUGAAUGAAAUCUUUAAAUUGUAGAUUUCCUUCCUUUUCUUUAGUUAAUUAUAUCUCAUAAUAAAUACCCAAACUAUAUACAUGUUGCGAUGAGCUUCUACUUACGUUUGUAGUAGAUCACAGAACUGUUGCCAGUGGCCUUGAUCACUUGCUCAACGGUGGUACCGUUUAUCUUCAACAGCUCUUUCAAAGAGAGUCUGUUAUCUGGAUCAAACACUCUUUUGGUCAACAGUUUCAUGGUUUCCAUAUUUUCGAUAUCAACGAUAUCGUGAGGUUCAAUCAACUCAGGAAUCGGUACGGGCUUGGAGCUUCGGAUCAAUUUCCCAUUUCCGAACUGGCCAAAUUCGUUAUCACCAAAAAUCAUGAUAUCCUUUUUAGAUCCAACAUUGUCCAAUUUGACAAUGGUAUGGUUGAGACCACUGCUGAUUUCCUUGAUACCAAUAUCUUGUACCUUGUUGGUGGUCUCAUUAAACUCCUUCAAGUUUAAUGUCUUGACCACCAAAGGAACGUUAGAGAGAUGUAAAUAUCUGCUGAUACCGAGUUGUCCUUUUAUACCAUUUCCGAAGCUUAGUAAAACAUCGGUUUCAUUUUUGUUCUUAAGCAUAACAUAACUGGUUUCCUCACUGCAAUCAAGCUUUUCUACUCUCAAGACUUCUGUCUUCAAGAUCUUCUUGAAGUCUGUGAAACUAAACACUUUCU